CGUUUUCGUCGGAAGCAGUCGCAAAACUCUCAAAUCUUAAAGCUCAUAAUAUAUUAACAUGUCAAACAGUGAUAAGACUCAAAGCCCCCAGAACCGUGUUUAUAUAAAAAAUGGCCAAGUUGUCAACCACGACCGGUCCUUUAAAGCUGAUGUUUAUAUAGAGGAUGAAAUCAUUAAGUUCGUGGGACCCGCUGCUGAUAUCACGAUACCAGAUGGAGUGCACACAAUCGAUGCUAGCGGAAAGCUGAUAAUACCAGGUGGCAUUGAUCCUCAUACGCACUUGCAAACGCCCUUUGACAAUGCGGUGACCGUCGAUGAUUUUUAUCAUGGAACCAAAGCGGCUGUAGCUGGUGGCACGACCAUGAUAAUUGACUUUGUAUUGCCCAAAAGAAAUGAUUCUAUGAUCGAGGCGUAUAACAAGUGGCGCAGCUGGGCUGAUCCCAAGGUUUGCUGUGACUACGGACUGCACAUAGGCCUCUCUUGGUGGUCCGACUCGGUAUCCGAAGAAAUCGGCGUACUCUGCAAAGAGUUGGGCAUAAAUUCAUUUAAGACCUAUAUGGCCUACAAGGGAACGUACCAGCUGAACGACUCGGAGCUGUUGGAUGUUUUUGAGCGCAUUAGAAGCUUAAAUGCCGUGGCUAUGGUUCAUGCUGAGAAUGGUGAUAUUAUUGCCAAGAAUGAAAAACGUUUGCUAGCCCAGGGCAUAACUGGACCCGAGGGGCACGAGUUGUCGAGGCAGGAGGAAGUUGAGGCUGAGGCCGUUCAUCGUGCUUGCAUUUUGGCUCAUCAGGUCGAUUGUCCACUUUAUGUGGUCCACGUGAUGAGCAAAUCAGCUGGCAUUGAGAUAGCUCGCGCCCGUCAACGCUAUAGUGAGAAAUAUAUAUUUGGUGAGACCUUGGCAUCUGGACUUGGUACAGAUGGCACUAACUAUCGCUGCCAGCAUUUUGACCAUGCGGCCGGUCAUGUGAUGAGCCCACCCUUGAGACCCGACAAAACAACUCCCGAGUUCCUGAUGAAGCUGCUGGCCAGCGAUGCUCUUCAGACAACAGGCAGUGAUAAUUGCACGUUUACCAAAAAACAAAAGCAACUUGGCUUGGGAGACUUUACCAAGAUACCUAAUGGCAUUAAUGGGCUGGAGGAUCGUAUGUCGGUUGUGUGGGAGAAGGGUGUACAUUCGGGUCUCUUAGAUCCGUGCAGAUUCGUGGCCGUAACCAGCACAAAUGCCGCCAAAAUAUUUAAUAUUUACCCAAAGAAGGGAGUUAUCGCCGUCGGCUCGGAUGCCGACAUUGUUAUCUGGAAUCCACAGGCGACACGCACCAUUUCCAAAGACACACAUCAUCAUGCAGGCGAUUUCAAUAUUUUUGAGGGCAUGACUGUUCAUGGUGUUCCGGAGUAUGUUUUGGUGCGCGGACGCAUCUGUGCCGAGAAGGGAUCAGUUCGUGUUUCUGGAGGCUAUGGACGUUUCGUAGCCACGCCCUUGCGACCGCCUUUCGUUUAUGACCGUAUUGAGGGCAAGGAAGAGCCGAAGGUCGAGGAGCAAAAUACCAAUGUGGCUAAAAAGAAAGCCGAACUGUACUCUCAGCUUGCUGCACAAGAGCCACCGUCUACUAAGUUCGCUCUUAACUCAACUUCCAUAUCGCCAGAGGCAGCUGAUGGUUAAUGGGAUCUACAGGAAUCAUUCUUGGCUAUAAGCAGUAUGUUGUGUGGUGAACAGAGACAAGGAUUCCACCUGGCGGUAAGCCUUCUGGUUUUUUGUAAUUGGAAUCAAAAAUGUCGCAAAAUGCAAAAAUUAAGUUAAGUUUCUAUCGUUGACUUCUAAUAAAAAUAUGAAUUUUCAAAGAUU